AUGCGGUCUGCCAUCUUCCCGUUGCUAGCUACGGCGGCGCUGUCUACAGCCAUCCCUUUCGAUCAGCCUGCUUCGAAACGUGCAGUGGGCAGUUGGGAUGAUGCAUAUACAAAGGCAACAGCAGCACUCGCAAAGCUAUCGCAAGAUGAAAAGAUUGGAAUCGUCACGGGAACUGGCUGGUCGAAGAGUAAUUGUGUAGGCAACACCAAGCCUGCUAGCUCGAUUGGAUACCCCGAGCUAUGUCUGCAAGAUGGUCCCCUUGGUGUCCGCUAUGUCCGGGGUAUAACCGCCUUUGCAGCUGGCAUCCAUGCUGCCAGCACUUGGGACAUCGAUCUCAUCCGUGAAAGAGGUGCUUUUCUCGGCAACGAAGCAAAACAAUUGGGUAUCCACGUACAGCUAGGUCCGUCUGCUGGUCCCCUUGGCAAGUUUGCCAAGGGCGGCCGUAACUGGGAGGGAUUUGGAUCAGAUCCUUAUCUCCAAGGCAUCAUGAUGGCACAGACCAUUGAGGGCAUGCAAGAAGCUGGUGUUCAGGCCACUGCUAAGCAUUGGAUUGUGAAUGAACAAGAGCUCAACCGAGACACUAUGAGCUCUGAUGUGAGCGAUAGGGUCCUGCGCGAGUUGUAUGUUUGGCCAUUCGCGGACGCCGCUCACAGCAAGGUUGCGGCAUUCAUGUGCAGCUACAACAAGCUCAACUCAACAUGGGCGUGUGAAAGCGAAGGCGUUAUGCAAAAACUCUUGAAAGACGAGCUUGGCCACCGUGGAUACAUCAUGUCGGAUUGGAAUGCGCAACACACUACGACUGGCAGUGCAAAUGGUGGCAUGGACAUGACCAUGCCCGGCAGUGAUUUUAGUGGCGGAAACGUGCUCUGGGGGCCGCAACUCAAGACAGCCAUUAGCAACGGUCAAGUUCAGCAAUCACGCCUCGAUGAUAUGGUCAAGCGAGUCCUUGCUGCGUGGUACCUUAUGGGCCAGGACAAGGGUUAUCCUGCGACUUCCUUCAACUCCUGGAACAUUGGAACAAAACAAAUCAGUGGAAACCACGGGACUAAUGUCCGAGCGACUGCUCGAGACGGCACUAUCCUGCUGAAGAAUGCUAAUGGUGCGCUACCCCUGAAGAAGCCAAAGAGCAUUGCUGUCAUUGGAACUGACAGUAUUGUCGCACCUCGCGGGGCCAAUGCUUGUGUCGACCGUGGAUGCACCGAAGGUGUUCUUACCAUGGGCUGGGGUUCGGGAUCAGUUGAGCUUCCAUCCAAUAUGGUCGCGCCACUGGAUGCCAUCAAGACGCAGGCCCAAAAAGACGGUACGACGGUUACUUCGUCGCCCACCGACAAUGCCCAGCAAGGUGCCAGCGCAGCUCAAAAUGCUGAGAUUGCCGUGGUAUGCAUCAACAGCAACGCUGGUGAAGGCUACAUCAAUGUGGAAGGCAACGCUGGCGACCGAAAUAACCUAGACCCCUGGCACAAUGGCAAUGAGCUUGUCAAGGCGGUUGCUGCCGUGAACAAGAAGACGGUGGUUGUCGUUCACAGCGUUGGACCAAUCAUCAUGGAGCAGUGGAUUGAGAAUCCCAACGUCGUUGCAGUAGUGUGGGCAGGUCUCCCAGGCCAAGAGCCCGGCAACGGCGUUGUCGACAUCAUGUAUGGCGCAGCGUCGCCAAGCGGCAAGCUUCCUUACACCAUUGCGAAGAAAGAGUCUGACUACGGCACCACAAUUGCCAGUGGCGAUGACAAGUCCUGGGAUCUGUACAUCGACUAUCGCUAUUUCGACAAGCAGAACAUCACACCCAGGUUUGAAUUUGGCUUUGGACUCUCAUACACCAACUUCACCUACUCAGAGCUCACCGUAACUGGCAAGCCUUCUGCUGGUCCUGCGACUGGUGCUGUAGGACCUGGAGGCCCCGUUGAUCUCUUCGAGACUGUCGCUACAGUCACCGCCAAGAUUGCCAACUCUGGUGGUGUUGCUGGUGCCGAGGUACCGCAGCUGUAUCUGGGCUACCCUGCGUCUACCAACUCUCCACCAAAACAACUCAGGGGCUUCAGCAAGCUCAAGUUGGAGGCUGGUGCUAGCGGAACCGCAACAUUCAAGCUGAGGAGGAGGGACAUGAGUUUCUGGGACGAGAAGACCAGGAAGUGGACUGUUGCGACGGGCGAGUACACUGUCUUUGUCGGAGCAAGCUCCAGGGACGUGAGGCUGACGGGCAAGAUUGUUGUCCUACCCAACAAAUCAUCGAACCAAAUAUCUCUCCAUACCACAUCUUCCAUCAUCAUGAUCUCCCAACUAUUCAAACCCUCCACGGUCCGGUCCGCCGGUCUCCUGGGACGAGCGACAAAAAACCGCGUACAGGCACGCUGCCUGGCUACUGUGCAAUCAAACACUGAACGGGUUAUGCCUGCUCCUAGUACACGCAGGGCCACUGCCGUCUCUAACGAGCCUGCCACUUUCACUAUCAAGAACGGCCCCAUCUUUGAGGGCAAGUCAUUUGGUGCCAAGACCAACAUUUCCGGUGAAGCCGUCUUCACAACCUCUCUUGUCGGAUACCCUGAGUCUAUGACCGACCCCUCCUACCGUGGCCAGAUCCUUGUCUUCACCCAGCCACUGAUUGGUAACUACGGUGUACCCUCGAGCGCUCGUGACGAGCAUGGUCUGCUCCGAUACUUUGAGUCACCAUACAUCCAAGCUUCUGGCAUUGUUGUUCAAGACUAUGCCCUGAAGCACAGCCACUGGACUGCUGUCGAGUCGCUUGGUGCAUGGUGUGCUCGCGAGGGUGUCCCCGCCAUCUCUGGUGUCGACACUCGUGAGGUUGUAACCUACCUCCGUGAGCAGGGAUCCUCUCUUGCUCGUAUCUCCGUUGGUGAGGAGUACGAUGCUGAUGAGGACGAGGCGUACAUUGACCCUGAGGCUAUCCACCUUGUGCGUCGUGUUUCUACAAAGGCACCCUUCCACGUCAGCUCCUCUCUGGGAGACAUGCACGUGGCUUUGAUUGACUGCGGUGUCAAGGAGAAUAUCCUCCGCAGUCUCGUCUCUCGCGGCGCCAGCGUCACUUGCUUCCCCUACGACUACCCUAUUCACAAGGUCGCCCACCACUUUGAUGGUGUCUUCAUCUCAAACGGCCCUGGUGACCCAACCCACUGCACGACCACGGUCCACAACCUCCGCAAGCUCUUCGAGACAUCGCAGCUCCCAGUCAUGGGUAUCUGCAUGGGUCACCAGCUGAUUGCCCUUGCUGCUGGUGCUAAGACGAUCAAGCUCAAGUACGGCAACCGCGCUCACAACAUCCCGGCUCUCGACCUCACCACCGGCAAGUGCCACAUCACCUCGCAGAACCACGGAUAUGCCGUUGACCCGACCACGUUGACGAGCGAAUGGAGGGAGUACUUCACCAACCUCAACGACCAGUCGAACGAGGGCCUGAUCCACACCUCACGUCCCAUUUUCAGUGCGCAGUUCCAUCCCGAAGCAAAGGGCGGACCUCUGGACUCUGCCUAUCUGUUUGACAAGUACAUUGAGAAUGUGCAGCAGUACAAGGAGCAACAGGCCAGCUUCUCGCAGAGGAGCAACAAGCCCAGCCCACUUUUGGUGGACUUGCUGGCUAAGGAGCGUGUUGGCGUGCACCCAGACGCGCCCGACUUUGAGGGCCACGCUGCGGGUAUGGACAGUCAGCAGGUGAAUGUUGGUGGACCUGUUGCGCCUCCUUACCAGCCCAUUACGCAGAAGCCUGUUGCUUCUGCGGCUUAA